AUUCUUCUUCGUCUUGACGCUACUGCUUUUUAUCCGAUUUCAGAUUUCUCCAGAAUCUUCAGAUUCCAUGGCCACCGUCUCCGCCUCUCCCCCUUGGCCAAACCCCAUUCCCACUUCAGGCUCUGAUAAUGAUUCCGGCCGCCAGCUGGAUUUGAAUCCCAGUUCACCGGUGACGUCACUUCCUGCCCUGCUCCACAUCUCCUUUAACCAGGACCACGCUUGCUUCGCCGUCGGCACCGAUUGCGGCUUCCGAAUCUUUAACUGUGAUCCCUUUAGCGAGAUUUUCCGGCGUGAUUUCGACCGAGGCGGUGGCGUUGCCGUUGUGGAGAUGCUUUUCAGAUGCAACAUCUUGGCCUUGGUUGGUGGUGGACCCGAUCCUCAGUAUCCUCCCUGUAAGGUCAUGAUUUGGGAUGAUCACCAGAACCGUUGCAUCGGAGAACUCUCUUUCAGGUCUGAUGUUCGCUCCGUGCGCCUUAGGAGGGAUCGGAUUAUAGUCGUUCUCGAGCAGAAGAUAUUUGUCUACAACUUCGCCGACCUCAAGCUAAUGCAUCAGCUCGAAACCAUUGCAAACCCCAAAGGUCUCUGCGUUGUUUCUCAGGGAGCUGGUUCUUUGGUGUUGGUUUGCCCUGGUUUGCAAAAGGGCCAAGUUCGGGUCGAGCAUUACGCAUCUAAGAGGACUAAGUUCAUCAUGGCUCAUGACUCCAGGAUAGCUUGCUUUGCCCUCACGCAGGACGCCCACUUGUUGGCUACGGCUAGUUCCAAGGGUACUCUCCUUCGGGUCUUCAAUACUGCUGAUGGCACCUUGUUGCAAGAGGUAAGAAGAGGUGCAGACAGAGCUGACAUCUAUAGUUUGGCCUUCUCUUCAGAUGCCCAAUGGUUAGCUGUCUCAAGUGACAAAGGAACUGUUCAUGUAUUCGGUCUGAAAAUCAACUCUGGAUCUCAAGUGAAGGAUACAUCCAGAAUGGCACCUGAUGCAACUCAGGCUGCGUUAUCACCGUCAUCAUCUCUAUCAUUACUCAGAGGAGUGUUACCAAAGUAUUUCAGCUCGGAGUGGUCAGUGGCUCAAUUCCGGUUGGUUGAAGGAUCUCAAUACAUAGUGGCAUUUGGACAUGAGAAGAACACUGUGGUGAUUCUUGGGAUGGAUGGGAGCUUCUACAAAUGCCAGUUUGAUCCAGUGCACGGAGGAGAGAUGUCUCAGCUCGAGUAUCACAACUGUCUGAAGCCGCCUUCUGUGUUAUGAAACAUCAACAAGUCAUCAUUCUCUUACUUCCUUUCUGUAUAUAAAAAUCUUGUUGAGUU